ACUAUGCCGAAAGAAAGAAUCAAAGAAACCUUGCUGUCUUUGUAUCAAAGAAAACUUUCCAUCUUUGUAGCUUUCUGGUGGACUGAAUUUGAAUUGGAUGGUUUUCCCGUUUCUUCUGAGCAUGAAAGGGUUUGUGGACAUUCUUGCUGUCACUGUCAUAUUUACCAGUAUUUCUAGCCAAGUGAAAUCAGAUGCUUCCAAGCACAUAUAUCAAAAAGGAGAUCCAGUCCCACUCUAUGCCAACUGGGCUGGUCCAUAUGGCAACCCCAGUGAAACUUUUCCAUAUUACAGUCUUCCUUUCUGUCAACCAGAUCCUUUGAAACAGAAGAAACAAUCUAUUGGCGAAGUGUUGAAUGGAGAUCACCUUGCUUCUUCUCCAUAUAAGAUUGAUUUCCGAAUGGAGCAUAAAUUACAGGUUGUGUGUGGGAAAAAUCUGACCAGGCAUGAAGUAUCUUUGUUUCGAACUGCCAUUGAGCAAGACUACUUGUGGGAAAUGUACUACGAUGACUUGCCAUUUUGGGGUUUUAUCGGCUAUGUUAGGCCUGGAUAUUUCAUAUUCACACAUACUGACUUUAAAAUUCUUUAUAGCGGAGACCAUGUGAUUGGGAUUCUUGCUAUGAACACACAUCCUGCUGAGCUGGCAGACGGAAAGGAAGUUGAUCUAAACUUCACAUAUGCAAUAAUGUGGCAAGAAACAAACAUCACAUUUGAUAAAAGAAUGGACGAGUACAUAGACAUCUCAAGGCAUUUACCACAUAAUAUCAAAAUCCAUCAUGUUGCAAUCUCAAAUUCAUUGUGGACAGUUCUCAUUUUAUUUGGUUGUCUGGUGGUACUGUAUGUGCGAGUCCUUAGAAAAGACAUUUAUGAGUAUGCAAGUGAUCAGGAAUCUGCUCGUGAUCACGAAGAGACAGGGUGGAAGAUUCUCCAUGCAGAUGUGUUUCGGUACCCCAAGUACAAGUCUUUGUUUGCUGCAGCUAUUGGUUCUGGUACCCAGUUAUUAAUAUUGUCAAUGUUAAUACUGGUCUUAGGCCUUACUGGUUUAUUUCAUCCGUAUGAUCGAGGAGUUUACAAGACGGCAUUGAUCAUAUCAUAUGCAAUUACAUGUGGGGUUGCUGGAUUCUUUGCAGUUUCUUUCUAUCAUCAGCUUGAAGGAACUGACUGGAUGAGGAAUGUAUUCCUAACAGGAUGUAUUUUUGGUGGGCCUCUAUUUCUUUCUUUCUGUGUCCUAAAUGCUGUUGCCACUAUAUAUGGGCUUACUGUAGCACUUCCUAUUGGUGGAAUUGUUGUGAUUUUUCUUCUGUGGAUGUGUUUAGCAUUGCCAUUGCUAUUGUUGGGAGCAUUUUUUGGGAAAGUAACUGAUUGGCACUUUCAAGCUCCUUGCCACACCUCAAACUGUCCUAGAGAGAUUCCAGCUCUCCAUUGGUACAGGGGUGCUCUUCCUCAAAUGGCCUUGGCAGGAUUUCUGCCAUUUGUUUUUAUCUUUAUUGAACUCUAUGACAUCUUUGACGCUGUAUGGGGUUACAGGGUAUACAAUCUGUAUGGGAUUCUAUGCAUUGUCGUAGUGCUUGUUAUAAUCGCUACUGCUUUUGUUUCUGUUGGUUUGACAUACUUUCAGCUUGCUGCCGAAGAUCAUCAAUGGUGGUGGAGAUCAUUUCUUUGUGGUGGUUCAACUGGUCUCUACAUAUUUGGCUACUGCUUCUACUAUUACUUUAAAUCCCAAAUGAGGGGCUUCAUACAAACCUCAUUCUUCUUUGGCUACAUGGCCUGCAUCUGCAAUGGGAUCUUUCUCAUGCUAGGUACUGUAGGUUUUCGUGCCUCUUUACUUUUCAUUCGGUACAUAUAUGGUUCCAUAAAGUGUGACUAGUUCACCGUAGGUUUUGAAUGAAUUCUUUAGUUGUGUUCGUCAUGUUUAUAAGGAAAAGCUUUGACUGGUGUAAAAAGAAUAGAUUUCCACUCUAUUUCUGGAGAGGAAAACAGAUUGUCUGUGGAAUGUAGUUUUAUCAGUUUCGAUAUGGUCAGAUAUUUUCAUGAAACAGAAGGCACAAAAAUCCCCAUGUCUACAGCUUGUAUAUAUAGUC